AGGGGGAGCGGGGGAAACGAGACUGUGGAAUCUGACUUUGCGCGGAGCCCAUGUUGACUCCGCCCCCUCUCGUCGUCGCGGUUACCCCCCCUUGGCUUCCUCCGCUCCGUCCCCGUACCCAAAUCUCUCUCCCCCCCCCCACCCAUCGGCUCCCCCGAAGCGGCGGCUGGCGGCUGACGGGAGGAGGAAGGCAAGGAUCCGGUGCGGGGCGGCUGGCGGGCUGCCUUCCCUUGCGGGCCACCCCGCUGGGCUCGCCGCGGCGGGUGGUGAACUUGGCAGGCAAUAAUAUGUAUGUUUAUUCUUGCAAACAUAUAGCACAUCAGCCCCUUCUCUGGAACAUUUCAUCUUGAGGCUGAAAAUAGGUUGGAGAGAGGUUUAGAUUGCAUAUACUAUCUGAGACUCCAGCUCGACAAAAUGGUCUCCAAUGGUGAUGAAGAUCUCAAAGAAGAUGCUGAACAAGUAGAACCGACAACAUUGGACAAUGGUAGUGGAGCCACAGGUGCCGAUACUCUCUCUACUCAGGGUGUUUCACGACAAGGGAUGCAGCGGAAUGGGUUUCUGAAUUUCUGUGAUCGCUUUUCCAGUGGUGCCAGGUUUAAAAAGUUGGGUCCUUCGCCUUCGUUCAAGUUUCGACAGCUUGCACUUGAGCGAGAUGAGUUCUCACGUUCCAUCCACUCCGACGGCCAUGAUAAUCACGAGCACUUCCAGUUUAUCAGGAAAAUUAAUUGGGGCCAUAUGUGGGUAAUGUGCAAGGAUUGGAUAAAAGAGCCUCUUAAUAUGGCCCUUUUUGUUUGGAUUGCUUGUGUGGCUGUAUCUGGUGCGAUACUAUUCCUUGUCAUGACUGGAAUGCUCAAUCGUGCUUUGCCUACCAAAUCACAGAGAGACACCUGGUUUGAAGUAAACAACCAGAUUUUGAAUGCAUUAUUCACACUCAUGUGCCUUUAUCAACACCCAAAGCGGAUAUAUAACUUUGUGCUUUUGUGUAGAUGGGAGCAAAAGGACAUUUUAAUGCUUAGGAAAACAUAUUGCAAAAAUGGAACAUACAAGCCCAAUGAAUGGAUGCACAUGAUGGUGGUCGUAUUCCUUCUUAAUUUGAAUUGCUUUGCUCAGUAUGCCUUAUGCGGUCUCAACCUAGGAUACCGCAGAUCUAAACGACCUCCUAUUGGUGUUGGCCUGACCAUUUCUGUUGCAAUCGGGGCUGCAGCAUUCGCCGGAUUGUAUAACAUCAUCAGUCCUCUUGGGAAGGAUUAUGACACAGAACUGACUGAAGUUGAUCAAGAAGCACAAACUGUACUGACGUCAAUUCAGGGGGGCAGACCAGCAACUACACGAUCAUCACUUGAAAAGAGAUAUUCUUUCAUUCAAAGUGAAGAGCGCCGUUUCGUAGAGAGUAGGCCUGAGUGGGUUGGUGGACUAAUGGAUUUCUGGGACAAUAUAUCUCUUGCUUACUUGUCAAUUUUCUGCAGUUGCUGUGUUUUUGGAUGGAAUAUGCAGAGGCUUGGAUUUGGUAACAUGUAUGUCCAUAUUGCUACAUUUCUGCUCUUUUGCCUUGCUCCAUUCUUCGUAUUCAUCCUGGCUGCUGGCAAUAUCGACAAUGAAAAUCUUAAAGCAGCAUUGGGGCUCACCGGUGUCGCACUUUGCUUUUUCGGCUUACUGUAUGGUGGCUUUUGGAGAAUACAGAUGAGAAAGAGAUUUAACCUCCCUGCAAACAACUUCUGCUGCCGCAGUGCAGAAGCUACAGAUUGCUUCCAGUGGUUGUGCUGCUGUUCAUGCUCCCUUGCUCAGGAGGUGAGAACUGCCGAUUAUUAUGAUAUUGCAGAAGAUAGGUCAUACACAGAGCAGAUUACUGCGAGAAGCCAGCGUGUAAUGACCCCAUUAUCGCGCGAAGAUGGUCUGCCUCUUUUUAGAUCAAAUCCAGGUUCACCAUACGGGAGCAGCACUGCCAGUCCAUCAAUCUUUAUUAUGGAGAGCCCACCAGCUCCACGAAGGUCACCUGGACCUAGCCCUCUUGGUGGUUCACCAACAAUGGGUGACAGGAUGAUGAAGGCGCCUACUCCAUCUGUUUUCCACAGAGACGGUGAGCCCGAAUCAUAGCUUGGGGCAACGCAGGUAAGCAAUAGUUAUUACCAGUCUAAUUUGUAUAUUUGAUGUAAAGAAAACCACCAUACUCCUUUUCUUCAUCUGCAGCUUCAGUGCAACUGCCCUUGCUUAUGAAAUGUAUAGACCAUUCCUUUCAGUUCUGUUCUGUCCUGCUCUGUAAGAUUUAUUUUUGAGGUGAAGUGAAUGGUUAGCGAGUCUUUUACUAUCCA